AUGCUUUUGUUUUUUUUUAUUCUACUUUCUAUUUCUUGCUAUCUAUCUUUAAUCUUAUUUACAAAGACGUUUUCUUUUUUUAUUCUACCUUCGAUUUUGUUUCUUUCUUUUAUCUUACUUACAAAUACGCGUUUUCUUUUUUAUUCUGCUUUUGAUUUCCUUUCAUUCUUUUAUCUUAUUUACAAAGACACAUUUUCUUUUUUAUUCUACUUUCGAUUUAUUUUCAAUUUUUCAUUAUUUUAUUUACAAAUACAGGUUUUCUUUUUUUUAUUCUACUUUCUAUCUUUCUUUAUCUUAUUUACAAAUACAGUUACUCUUUCAUUAUCGUCCAAUCAUGCUUUUUCUUUCCCCCUCUCUCUCUCUCUCUGCUUUAUUAUUUCUUUUUUUUUUAUAGUCCAGCCAUACUUUCUCUCUCUCAGACAUUUUCUUUCAUUAAUAUUCUAUUUCACUUUUUUUUCCUUUCUAUCUCUCUUUUAUUAUGUAUUUCUUUAUUGCUCAGUCUUACUUUUUCUCUCUCUCUCUCUCUCCUUCAUUAACAAUUUCUUUUUUCUUUCAUUAGAGUCCAUUCCAACUUUCACUCUCUCUCUCUCUCUCUCUCUCAGUAUUUCUUUCUUUAUAGUCCCUCCCUCUCUCUCUCUCUCUCUUAUCAUUAUUUUCAUUAUAAUCAAUCUAACAUUUCUCUCUCUCUCUCUCUCUCAUCAUUAUUUUCAUUAUAAUCAAUCUAACAUUUCUCUCUCUCUCUCUCUCUCUUAUCAUUAUUUUCAUUAUAAUUAUACUCCAAUCCCAUAUUUCUCUUCCCUCUUUGCCUCACUUCUUUUUUAUCACAUUCAUUAUAGUCCAAUCCCACUUUUAAUCACUCUCUCUCUCUCUCUUCUAUCUUUUUCAUUAUAA